CACAGCCGCGCUCUGCGGCCCCGCGGGAGGAGGUGAUCGCGACGGAUAUAAGGGCCGGGGAGAUAGAGCAGCGGAGGUCAAGCGCCGGUUCGCUCUCCAGAUCGGCUGCCCUGCAGCAGGAGCGCCUCGGCCGUGGUUCCGCGUCUCCAUGCCGGGCUUGGCUCCCCUGCAGGCAAAGGCAAUGGACUCGUCGGCCCGCCUGGGCUGGCUGCUGCUGCUGCUGCUGCUGGGGCAGGUUCUGGGCGCUCCCCAGGCGCCAGCAGCCCCAAACCAAGAGGUCUGCCUGCUGUCCCCAGAGGAAGGCCCCUGCCGGGCUCUCAUCCCAAGGUGGCACUACGACAGGUACACUCAGACUUGCCAGGAGUUCACUUACGGGGGCUGCGAGGGCAAUGCCAACAACUUCCGAAGCUUGGAAAGCUGUGAGAAGAGCUGCUGGAUGAUCCGGAAAGUGCCCAAAAUAUGCAGGCUGGAGGCUGAUCCAGGACCAUGUAGAGGUUACCUAAAAAGAUAUUUCUUCAACCUGACUUCAAUGAAGUGUGAAAAAUUUAUCUAUGGUGGAUGCUAUGGAAAUGAUAACAACUUUCAAGAUGAAGAUUCUUGUGUGGACUACUGUUUGUCUGAGAAAACUGGCCCCUCAUUAUGCUAUAGCCCAAAAGAUGAAGGAUUGUGUUCAUCUUCUGUGACCCGCUAUUACUACAACUCAAAGAGUCAAUCAUGUGAAGAGUUCAGCUAUACAGGUUGUGGUGGAAAUGCCAAUAACUUUGUUACCAAAAAAGAUUGUCAUAGUAUCUGCAAGAAAGCUGGGAGUAAGAAACCAAGUUUCAACAAGUCAAGAAAUAAACUUCCCAAGACUUUGAGAAAACUACAGGGGAAAAUCUAAUCAAGCUACCCUAAUGUUUUAAAUCUGAAGAGCCCAUCAAUGUUAAAUGCACUACUUUGACUUAGAGAGCCUCCUACAAUAUACUUUUACUUUUUUUGUAUGUGUGUAUACAAUUUUAUUCCUUAAACUAGUUCUGUCUGAGAACUAGUCUCCUUGACCUGUUUUUCACAUUAGAAGCAGCUAUUAUUAGUAAUGUGAAUUGAUUUGUUUGGUUUCUGCAAUGCUAUUUUUGCUUAAAAACCAACUAUUUGAAUUUCCAUGUUUUUACUGAGAAAUGUUGCUACUGUUUUUGGAAAAUGAUGUAACUGUCACAAUCCUGUGAAGCUUGAAGUACCCUUCAUCUGUUGGUUUAACUAAGGUGUACACCAAGCUAGAGCCCUACCCUUAAUUUUUUUAGCAUUACUUGUUUACUAAAGGCUGUAUACAAAUAUCUAUAAUAUUUCUCUUGCAUAUCCUUUUGUCAUCAUAUAAACAGUCUAUCCCUUAAAGGGAGUCAUGUUUAAGUAGAAGAAUCAGAAUUGUGGUAAUUAUAUUAAUGUGGCAAAGGAGAUUAGAGCCUGGUUCAAUUUAAAAAAAAUUCAACUUUGGUGAAAGAAAGCCUUGAGAUUUUUUUGUUUUUUUCCAAGUCUUUCCUAGCUUUGGUAAUAUGGAAAAUAAUGUAAGCUCAAACCUGGCUCACCCUGCAAAAGGAAAUUGGGCCUGGGGUCUCUUAGACACCUUCUUGUUUUAACAGAAGGCAAUUAAGAAACUACAUAAGUAUUUGAAAUGAAGAUAUAGUAACUGCAUUCCACUUCCCACCCCAAUACCUGAUAUUACCACAAAACUCAGGGUCCGAUCCUAAACUGGAAUAUUUUUGUUGACUUCAGUGGAGCUAAACCAGGUUAUUCCAGAUGAUCUGGUCCUUCAUAUUUACAAGGGAGACUAUUAGAGCAUAGAAAAAUGGGAGCUUUAGUAACCUUUCCCGUUGUCCCUGUUUUGUGUCACUACUGUAAUACUCAGGUUAGGGUGCUGACGGACAUGCUAUUGUGCAUUCUUUUGUGUAUUGUUUUACAAGAUUCAUGUACAAAUUAUGAUUUUUUUCAGUUUUAUAAUUGAUUUUUAUUGGACAUUUGUUAAUAAAAAAUU